CCCCGGCCCUUUCCUGUUCCGGGCGGGCGCAGCGCGGCAGCGGGAGAGGCGCGGGGCCGGGGCCGGGCCGGGGCUCGCUGGGCGCUGUUUCAGCCCUGCUUCAGCCCUGCUCUUCCCUCCGCAGGCUCGGCGGCAGCAUGUGGCGGCGACCGGCGUGGCAGGUGCUGCGCCAGUUUGUAAGACAUGACUCUGAUACGGUUAACUCAUUGGUACUUGAAAGAUCCAUGAAUCGUGUUCAGCUGCUUGGUCGGGUUGGACAGGACCCUAUCAUGAGGCAAGUGGAAGGAAAAAAUCCUGUUACCAUAUUUUCCCUUGCAACCAAUGAGAUGUGGCGGACAGGAGAUAGUGAAGUAAACCAGGGAGGUGAUAUCAGUCAGAAGACGACAUGGCACAGAAUCUCUGUCUUCAGACCUGGCCUCAGGGAUGUCACCUAUCAGUAUGUGAGGAAGGGCUCUCGAAUAUUUGUUGAAGGGAAGAUAGAUUAUGGUGAAUAUACAGAUAAGAACAAUGUGAGGCGACAGGCCACAACAAUUAUAGCAGAUAAUGUGAUUUUUCUGAGUGAUGGCUCAGUGAGAGAAAAGGUGUGAUGUCCUUAGUGCUUGGAUCCAGGCCAUUUCAUUCCUUUGGUUUUUUCAGUGCUUCAUAAUUCUGUAGCACAUAUAUUGCUGUAGUUCCUUUAAGAAAUAAAUAAAAUGUUUGUUACCUAGA